AUGGCGGCCAGUGUCUCUGUAAAAAGGAGGCGGCUGAGUCCGUCGGGCGAUUCAACAAAUUUGAAAAGCAAGUUUUACAGCCAGGCAGCACAAUGGGACCUCGAGCAGGACUACGAGCGCAGGCCGCGGAAAACGAAGAAGGGCAAGGAAAAGACCCGGUUGCCGAUAAAGACGCAGGAGGGCACAUUGGAGCAUCUGGAGGAAGAUGAGAAGCCAGAGGAAAGCUCAGAGAGCGACAUAUUUUCAUCUGAUGUGGAAGAUGAUGAACCUGCUUCGAACGCUCAAACAGUUCCUGCGCCAGAAUCCUCUGUGCCCGUCAAGAUCCAGAUACUAGAAGCAAAAGAAGCUCUGGCUCGGAUAGCCUCGCAGAUAAACGAAGAGCCAGAAGAGCAUAUGGAUCUUUUUAAGAAACUAACGGAAAUGACAGCAUCUGCGUCACUCCCAGCAGUGAAGAAACUUGCGCUAGCCACCCAGGCGGCAGUGUACAAGGAUGUCAUACCUGGUUAUCGGAUACGGCCAUUAGAAGGCGAAGAGCUGACGGCAAAAGUCUCUAAAGAAGUGAAACAACUCCGUGCGUUCGAGCAAUCGCUUCUUUCAGGCUAUCGCGAAUAUGUACAACAACUUGCAUUGUUGGCUCGAGCCAAACGAGGGAGUGAGGCGUAUAGCUCUGGCCUGAAGAGCUUGUCGGUCAAUUGUGCCUGCAGCCUUCUAACUUCCGUUCCGCAUUUCAAUUUCCGUGGGGAGUUGCUGAAGAUUCUAGUUGGACAGUUGGCGCGUCGACAGAUAGAUGCAGAGUUUGUCAAGUGCCGUGAAACCAUGGAGGAGGUGUUUUCCAAGGAUGAUGACGGCACCAUCUCUCUAGAAGCUGUGACUUUACUGGCCAAGGCAAUCAAAGCGAAGGAGUUCAGGAUUCGACCAGGCGUACUUGAUACAUUCCUUCACUUGCGACUGCUUUCCGAAUUCUCGUCCAAGGGCUCCAAGGAUGCGAUUGAUAAGGAAGAACCAGAGGGAAACAACUUUGGAAAGAAGCCAAAGCAAAAAAGAGAGUUUCGAACCAAAAAGGAACGAAAGUUGAUCAAAGAGCGAAAACUUGUUGAGAAGGACAUGAAGGAGGCUGACGCCCUGGUAAGCCAUGAACAUCGGGAUAAGAUGCAAGCGGAAACACUAAAGCUUGUAUUCACUACCUACUUUCGCACUCUAAAGACACGCAACCCUGAACUUGUGGGCGCUGUUCUAGAGGGGCUCGCUAAAUUUUCGCAUCUUAUCAAUCAAGACUUCUUUGGAGAUUUAUUAGAAGUCCUCAGAGAUUUGAUCUCUCGCUCUACCAGCUCGAGUUUAAUAAGCCCGCAGCUUGAGGCUGGGGACAAUGACGAGGAGGAGGAUGAUAGCUGGCCCAAUAUGAAUGAGACCCGAAAUGCUACUCGGGAUGCUCUUUUAUGUUCGACUACUGCAUUCGCCCUUCUCGAAGGCCAAGAUGCAAGCAAGGCGGCUUCAACUCUCCAUCUAGAUUUGAGCUUCUUCAUAAGUAAUAUUUACCAGUCGCUACAUGCUUUAUCCAUUAACCCAGAUAUCGAAUUCCAUCCUAACAAAUCACUCCGCCUACCCGACCCAAAUCCAUACAAUGACCACCAAAACGACAACAACACUUCUUCGAAUAGCAAUACACAGGCAAAGAAGGUUGACUUCCAAACUCCCACCGUACUCCUUAUUCGAUGCCUCCAAUCCAUUUUAACUGCAAAGGCCAACAAAGCGCCACCUCCAAUUCGUAUUGCAGGAUUCACAAAACGGCUCAUGACUUCGGCACUCCAGCUGCCGGAGAAAUCAGCAUUAGCAGUCUUGUCACUUCUUACUCGUGCUGCGAAGCUACAUGGACGAAAGAUUGCACCUCUAUGGAACACGGAAGAGCGGAAAGGCGACGGAAUAUAUGACCCUAAUGCUGAUGACGUAGAAAGGAGCAAUGUUUUUGCUUCAACUAUAUGGGAAGGGGAAUUAUUAAAAUUACACUAUUGCCCACAGGUUAGGGAGGCUGCAAAGGACGUUGAAAAAGCCAUAGCCACUGUCAAAUAA